AUGUCGAAUCAGACUGUAUAUUUUGUCACGGGGACAACCCAAGGCCUGGGGUAUGAAUUCGUUCGACAACUUCGAGAGAAACCUGGAGCCGUGGUAUUCGCGACCACGAGGGACCCCGAACGAGCCACUCGUCUGUCGUCCCUCACGGACAAGGGAAACGUCCACAUUGUCAAAAUCACCAAACAACCCGAAUCCGUAGACGAGGCCUUAGCUGCCGCGGAACAAGUUAAGAGAGUCGCGGGUAAAGUUGACGUGGUGAUUGCAAACGCCGGGAUCAUCCACCACGAGACCAGCAUCGCCGAAUCACCCAUGUCCAUGUAUCAAGAAUUUUUGGACGUGAAUCUCUUGAACAACAUCGCCAUCUUUAAAGCCCUGAGACCUUUGAUGAUCGAAUCCGCCAGGCAAGGUGGGACACCCAAAUUCGUCGCCGUCAGCACGCAGUACGGAUCGUUGGACAUGGUCGAGGAUCUACCGGGUCAAUCCUCUGCGUACGCCAUCUCAAAGGCGGCCUUGAACAUGUUCCUGCGUCACGUCGCUUACGAAGAAAAAGAAAAUGGAAUCGUGGCCGUCCCGAUUCAUCCUGGUGUGGUGGCCACGGAGACGGUCGCCCCUUUGGCGAAGAGGAUCGGUCUGGCCACCAUCGAACCCGAGGAGAGCAUCAAGGGUAUGAUGAAGAUUGUGGAAGGCUUGACGGUGAAUGACGAGGUCAGGUUGUGGAAGUACGAUGGGACGAAAUUGCCUUGGUGA